AUGCAGAAGGAUGCUUGUGCAUUGAUGCAAGGACACGGUUCGACAAACGGCGCCUCUGACAGGACUUGUUGCCGCAUUUAUAGACAAUGUUUGUUUGCAGCAGCGUCGAUGCGCGUCCUGUCAAAGUUGGUUGAUACGUGCCCCUUCCCUGCCUGCAACCUGUCAGACGGCGGAGGCGUCGCACAGGACGCCAUUCGUCUCGGAGGCUUGAUGAUGUCUUCCCGCCUGAUAUAA